ACUGCUGCGGGAACAGUGGAUCAGAGCCAAAUACGAACGAAAGGAGUUCAUUCACAGCGAUAAGCAGGAGCCUUAUUCUGCAGGGUACCGAGAAGGAUUUCUGUGGAAGAGAGGACGUGAUAACGGGCAAUUCUUAAGCCGAAAAUUCGUGUUAUCAGAGAGGGAAGGUGCGCUGAAGUACUUCAACAAAAAUGACGCAAAAGAACCCAAAGCAAUUAUGAAGAUCGAACAUCUAAACGCGACUUUCCAGCCUGCAAAAAUUGGGAACCCACACGGACUGCAGAUCACUUACUUGAAGGACAAUAGCACAAGGAACAUCUUUGUCUACCACGAAGAUGGCAAGGAAAUAGUGGAUUGGUUCAAUGCCAUCCGGGCAGCCCGGUUUCAUUACUUACAAGUGGCAUUCCCUGGAGCCAGCGACGUUGAUCUGGUGCCAAAGCUUUCUAGAAACUACCUGAAGGAAGGGUACAUGGAGAAAACGGGGCCAAAGCAAACAGAGGGGUUCAAGAAGCGAUGGUUCACCAUGGAUGACCGGCGGCUCAUGUAUUUCAAAGAUCCCCUGGAUGCCUUUGCUAGAGGGGAAGUGUUUAUUGGGAGCAAGGAAAACAGCUACAAGGUGCUGGAAGGGCUCCCGCCGUCCACGCAGGGAAACCACUGGCAGCACGGGAUUACCAUCGUCACGCCGGAUCGGAAAUUCCUCUUUGCCUGUGAGACAGAGGACGACCAGCUGGAGUGGAUCACAACUUUUCAGAAAGUUAUAAGCCGGCCGAUGCUGCCUCAGGAAUACGCAGUGGAAGCCCAUUUCAAACAUAAACCUUAGUUGGGACUUGGCUGAGCAGAUCUGAGGAGUGAGCUUCUGUUUACAACACAACGUGGUUUUAUUUGAAAUGUUGAAAAUAAUGAAUAAUAAUAAUAACAGUAAUAAUAAUAAUAAUACUUCCCUUUCCCCUCAUUGUUCACUUGAUCAUGUCGGAAUCCAAGAAGGACAGCAGUGAAACAUUGGAGAAGAUGCUGAUCCA